GUGCACAUAUCGACUUCUAUACAAGGAGAAACCGAAUAGAUCGCUCAAGUGCCGAAUUACGAUGAAAAUAUCAUAAAAAUGCCUUUGCGCACCUUAUUGGAAAGCUAUAUUAUUCCUACGAAUGUAUAUUCGUAGGCUAAAUGUUUAAUUCCAAUUAAAAACCGUCCCGUUCAAUUUAAGCUAGUAUUGCGCCCUGCAAUCCUGCAGACUGCAAUAGCCUCACACUGCAGUCGCCGUACCGCACCCUAAGCGGCAUAUUUGCAACGCGAUCUGCGAAUCUGCCACCAUUAUCAUUCAGAGAUUUGCUGCUGCAGUAUCUGCAGCCCAUAUUUAUCCUUGCACCCGGCAUUGACGAAAUAAAGUGAUUCGACUAUUAGAAAAAGUAUUGGCUCGAUCUAAAAAUGUCGGGAAGAAAUCAACAACGCCGAAGGCAGGAAAUGGAACCUCGAAUCGAUUACGUUCAGUGUGACGGUUUGGUGGUUAUGAAGAUGGUUAAACAUUGUCAUGAGGAAAGCUCAAAUAACAUGGAUGUAGCUCAAGGUGCUCUGCUUGGACUCAAUGUUAAUGGACGCCUUGAAAUCACUAACUGUUUUCCCUUCUGUAAAAAUGAUGAACUUGAUGAAGAAGACUAUCAGCUCAGCAUGAUGCGUAGACUUCGCAUAGUCAAUGUUGAUCAUUUUCAUGUUGGGUGGUACCAGAGUGCAGAUGUUGGUAAUUUCUUGAGUUUACCCUUGCUGGAAUCUCAAUAUCAUUAUCAGACUGCAAUUGAAGAAUCAGUUGUUAUUAUUUAUGAUACUGCCAAAUCAGCUAGAGGUUUUCUUACUCUCAAAGCUUAUCGUUUAACUCCUCAAGCUAUUCAGAUGUAUAAGGAUGGAGAAUUCACUCCAGAAGCUUUGAAAAAUUUAAAAGUUGGCUAUGAGAAUCUGUUUGUUGAACUACCAAUUGUAGUUAAAAACAGUCCAUUGACAAAUAUUGCCAUGUCUGAGCUUGAUGAAAUGGUGCCAGAAGAACAAGGUACCAAAUAUUUGGAUUUAGGGACAGCAAGUGUUUUGGAAAAUCAAUUGCGCUGUAUGAUGGAUAGAGUUGACGAACUGAAUCAAGAAGCUAUCAAAUUUAAUCGCUAUCAAAACAUGGUCAUUCGUCAACAGCAAGAUAAAAAUAGAUUACUACAAAAAAGAGCUCAGGAAAAUGCUGCUCGAGCUGCUAAAGAUGAACCACCAUUACCAGAAGAAGAUAUUAAUAAAUUGAUAAGACCUAUUCCUGUACCACUACGACUAAAUCCUAUGAUCACUGCUGGUCAAAUUAACACAUACAGCCAACAUAUUUCUCAAUUCUGUGCUCAAAGUUUGGCUAAAUUGUAUAUAACUCAGAGUCUUCAAAAUGCUAAAGAAAAUGCUAAAUCUACACGAUAAAUUUUUUUUUUCAUUUUGCCUUUUUGGGUUAUUCAUGUAAAUAUUAAUGAUAUAUAAUAUCCAAUUUGAAAAAAAAUGAAAUGUUUUUGAAAUUUCAAAAUUUUUUUCAUUGGCCAUGUUUUAGUUGGAGAUUUGAUAAAUUGAAGCAAAUCAUAAAACAAAAGAUGCAUUUUCAAUAAAUAUUCUACAUUAUUACUGAUAAGUAUAGCAUUAUAUUAAAUAAAAUGAUAAUUGAAACAAUUUUGUCAUAUAACUAAAAUAUAAUAAACUUGUGUGAGGCAAAGCCUGAAAUGCUGAUUUAAUAACUUGAACGUAUAAUUAUAUCAUAAAUGUAUCACAGCAAAAAUUAAUUUUUAACAAAAAAUAAAAAAACGAAAUAA